AUGUGGAUGAACCCGCUUUACGUGGAUGACGUCAUCAAGCUGGUGAGGAUGUGGAUGGUGACAUUGAAGAAGCAAGGAUGUGGCAAGAUGAUUCAAGCUGGAGCUGAAGGAGUUUUGCAGGCCAUGAUGCUGAGCAUUGGAGCUCUGCGAUUCAGCGACAAUCAUCUGGAACUGACCAGUCAUCCAAGUGACCUACACAGAGAUUUCUUUUUUCGCAGAAUAAAUUAUGGACAAAAUACUCAUUUAAACAUUUCAAUACGCGUUGGACUGAACAACAAAGCAAUGUUGUACGUGACACUUGAUAGAAAUAAUGAAUCUUAUUACGCAUGUGACGCUGGAUGUUUGGAUGCACCCGUUCAUCUCAGAGGAUUAUUCAACAUCAGACCCCUUCAAUCUAAAGCUAAAACUCUAAAGCCUAGUACACGUUAA